UUCUUAGGAGGCGAAGGUGCUUGCAAAUGGAAAACUUCCUGGAGCUUACUUACUAGGUAUUGAUUCAGUUCCUGCCUUGCUGAAUCAAUCUCCCUAGGGAAAUUCCACAGAAAUCCCUGGAGCUAGCAGUAAACAAGACUCUGCCCAGCCCUUUAACAAGAGGAAGUUAAAGCUUUACUCCGGAACCCAGCGCCAUUUCCUGCACUCUGGGUGGGGCUUCUUUUUCACCGCUUUGCCGCCAGACGGUGUUUUUGAGUCCGUAACUCCGUCAGACGGUGUUGUGAGCCCGUUACUCCAUAAGACUGACCUUGCUUGAGACCUUCGUGAGGGGAAUGGAUGCCACUUCUCGAAGUUCAGAGCCUCUGGACCAGUUCCUUCAGAGGCCAGAAGAAGACAUCAGAUCUCCUGAGACUGAAGUCACAAUAGGCUGUGAGCAGGUGCUAGAAAUAGAACCUGGUCUUCUGGAAGUCCAGAAAGUACUCUUAACUGCUGAACCAUCUCUUCAGCUCCUUCGUAGCUGCAUUAUUGGUCAGUGUCCGGCCCCAUCACAGUUUUCUUUUGCCAAAUCUAUAAAUCAAACUGAUGAAUCCAUGUUUCCCAUUGGAACAUAUUUGAAGUAUGAAUGUCGCCCAGGAUAUUUUAAGAGGCAGUUCUUUAUCAUCUGCCAACAGAGCUCAACCUGGACAAGUGCUGAAGAUGUGUGUAUACGUAAACAAUGUGAAACUCCUUUAGAUCCUCAGAAUGGCAUGGUACAUGUACACACAGACAUUCGGUUUGGAUCCCGUAUUAAUUAUACUUGUAAUAAUGGAUAUCGCCUGAUUGGUUCCUCCUCUGCUGUAUGCAUCAUCUCUGAUCAAAAUGUUGCUUGGGAUACUGAGGCACCUGUUUGUGAGUCGAUUCCUUGUGAGAUACCUCCAGGCAUCCCCAAUGGAGAUUUCUUCAGUUUUAACAGGGAAGACUUUCAUUUUGGAAUGGUGGUUACCUAUCGAUGCAACACUGAUGUGAGAGGGAAGAAGCUCUUUAACCUGGUGGGUGAGCCCUCCUUACACUGUACCAGCAACGAUGGUCAAACUGGAGUCUGGAGUGGCCCUCCUCCUCAGUGCAUUGAAAUCAACAAAUGUACUCCUCCUCCCUAUGUUGAAAAUGCAGUCAUGGUGUCUGAGAACAGAAGCUUGUUUUCCUUAAGUGAUACUGUGGAAUUUAGAUGUCAGCCUGGCUUUAUCAUGAAAGGAACCAACAGUGUGUCUUGUCACUCCCUAAACAACUGGGAGCCAGAGUUACCAAGCUGCUUCAAGGUGAAAUCCUGUGGUGCUUUCCAGGACCAGCUUCCUAACGGUCGUGUACUGUCGCCACCAAAUCUUCAACUUGGGGCCAAAGUGUCCUUUGUUUGUAAUAAAGGGUUUCAAUUAAAAGGCAAUUCUGCUAGUCAUUGUGUUCUUGAUGGAGUGGAAAGCAUUUGGAAUAACAGUGUUCCUGUGUGUGAACGAGUGACAUGUAGUCUCCCUCGGGAUAUGAGUGGAUUCAAGAAUGUGUUGGAAAUGAAAAAAGAAUAUUACUAUGGAGAUAAUGUAACCUUGGAAUGUGAGGAUGGGUAUACUCUAGAAGGCAGUUCUCAGAGUCAAUGCCAGUCCGAUGUCAGAUGGGAUCCUCCUCUGGCCAAAUGUUUAUCUCGCUCAAACAGUGGUCUAAUAUUUGGAAUUUUCAUUGGGAUAGCCAUCUUUAUUUUAUUCAUCAUUGUUUUCUAUUGGAUGAUUCUGAAGUAUAAAAAACGCAAUACCACAGAUGAAAAGUGUAAAGAAGUGGGUAUCUAUUUAAAUUCUAAAGAAGACAGCUGUGUUCGCCUUCAGUCUCUGCUCACAAGUCAGGAUAACAACAGCCCAGCACCGAAUUCACUCACUCAAGAAGCCUCCUAAAUAGCUGCAACGCAAAAUGAUGUCUUUCUCUGAAACUCAAAAUGUGUCUUGUCUGUAUCACUUUUAAAAUAAACUAUUUUCUUUUAAGAUCUA